AUGAGCAGAAGCUUCGUGGCUGAUGAGCGCGUGCUGGAAGCCGUGGCGCAGGCCAGCGAACUGUCAGCCGAGAACUUUGGGGAGAUAUGCAAGCUGGCAGUGCGGCUUUUUGGCUCGGACAAGCAGAGCAAGCGACGGCUAACACGCACAGCAUCGGCGUCCGGGUGGGGGGCGGGCCAGUUGGAGAAAGCGGUGCUCGCCAUCGCUAAGGUCCUCAUGGACAGCGUUAAGGCUGAAAUGUCCGAGCAUGCGUUUCGGUUGGUCUUGACAGGGAUGACGCUGCCGGAGCAGCACAUCGACGUGCUUGUUCAGCUAUAUAGCGCACACGGGAACGACAUCCGAGAGUGCGUAUCCAGAGAAAACGGCACAAGCGUUCCGCGCUAUCGCAAUUUGGAGUGGCGAAUCGACGUAGAGCUCGGCACUCGCUUCCAUCGCAACAAGCCAAAGCCUAUCGUGACGCUUCGUCUAGACACUGCCACCCAAGCCAAUAGUACUACUAUGCCACAGGUUCUUUCAACCCGUCUACGCGUAGACUACGACGGUCUCAAACUGAUGCAGCGGCAGCUGGAGACCGCGUUGAAAGAGGUCGACUCCGUGCACUGUAGCCGCAUCCAGCGGUACAUGAACUGA